GAUUCUGCUACAAAUUAUCAGUUCAGUGUGCCAAAUAGCUCCAGCUCACUAAACGUUUCAGUCCAUGGCUCCAUCACAAGUUUCUGGUAUGAAGAUGAGGAAUCUUCUUUUUGGGGUUAUUCUUGGACUUGCCGUUGUCCACUCGACACCUGUUAACACUGUGACUCAGAUCCCCGCCAAAGCUGACAAUGACGUUCUCCGAGAGGCCAUGACAGAUGGGUUCCUCAUUGAGCAAGCUUUUCUCCCUUCACUCACGACUGAAUCACCCAAAAGAAACACAACUGUUCAAGCCUCCCAGCAGCCGUCCUCUGACUCCAAAAAGAGUGACAUGUUUGAGGGCAGUGCUGAUUUGGAUACCAGCGAAAAAUCCACGACCUUCCUGUUCGUCCAGCACUAUGCAACCACAACUCAGAGUGUUUCACAUGCUCAGAGAAUUACCUCCACAGUGUUGUCAAGGGACACUGACGACUCCAGUUUAGAUUCAUCUACCACCCAAAGCCAUCCUGACAUCCUGAGCACUCUGGGUUCUGAUUUAGGGUCUGGCGAUGGAGAGAAUCUAGGACAGAACCCCGCUACAAGCUUCAGUAUGACAUCUAGCUCCAACACAGACACUAGCACUACAUCAUCAUCCUCCACGGCUACUCCACACAAGUUUGAAGAAAGUGAAAAAUCAGAGGAGGUGUCACCCAUUUUUGGAAUGAAAAGCAGGUUGAUUGAUCAACCACUCAAUAAUGAACCAGAGAAAGAACCUGUCAAUACUUCAUCACCCCAGAACAACGGACACAGUACACCGGGUUGGAUCAUCAUCGUUGGUUUUAUUGUUGGUGUUGCAGCACUGGCAAUGCUCUGCGCUGCCAUCGCUACCAGAGACAAGUGGAAUGGACCAAAACAGGCAUCUCAACUAGAGACCAAAACUAACUCCUCAAACCAGAAGAGGGAGCUAGAGAUGGAGACAUUCCUGCACAAAGACAAUCCCAGAGAGAAUGGAAAGGCAGCAGAGUACACAGUCAUCCCCCUGGAUGAGCUUUCAGAGAAAUAUUCAUCAAAAUGAGAUUCAGAAACAAACCCUCUGGAGGCUUGAGCUCAGAACAACAAGACUGUCAGGGCUAUUGAGCAAAAAGUUUCUAUGGACUUUCACAGCUCAUAGCCCAGUUUGAACGAGAAUUAUGAUCUGUUUUUUUCCAGCUGACUCAGAAACUCUUAUCUUUACUUUGAAACUACAGCAAUAUUUCUGUUGAUGUAUUUAUUGCCAUAUCAACUCUUUUCAGCUGAAAAGUCUUUACAUUGUUUUAUUUCCUGUUUUUUUCUUUGUAAAUAAUUAAAAAUGAUUUUUUUUUUUACUCGCAGGUCUGUUAGUGGACACAAGACAAUGAUUCUGUGAUUUGGUGAAAAUGUUUUUUUUUUAAAGUUGUAAUAUUAUUUUGAAUCUCUUUGCCUUAAUAUUGAAGACCAUGUUGUGGAUUGUAACUUAUAUUAAGCUGCUCUGUCGUUUUCCCCACAUUCAUAUGGGGGCUCUGUUCUGAACAGUGCUUAGCCCACUAACUCAGUAGCUUCUCUUGACAACCUACACAGCACUUCAGCUGUUAUAUGCUCUUAUUGAAUGUUCAUAUGCUGUAUCAUAUCCGCCCUCAUCUGAGAAAUAAAUACAACAAAGGCUCAUCAAUAAA